AUGGCGACAGGCUUGGAAGCUCUCGGCGCAGUUUGUGCCAUCGUUCAACUCAUACAAUUUUCUUUCAAAGUCGUCGUAGGCUUCAAGAAAGUUUACGAUGGUGAGCCUACAGAUUAUAAUGUGCUCGAAGCACAUGUAAAUGAUAUGCACGAAAACUCGGUCCUAGUUAACAGGCGCUUCCAAUCACUCGGCAUCUCAGAAAAAUCACCACCAGUGGAGCAGGAGCUUCAAGGCGUGGCAAAUAGAUGCCGAGAUACCGCCAGAGAACUACAAAUUGAACUCCGCUACGUGACAAAGAACCAGCAAAAGGGCAACUGCGCCAGUGCCAUAUCAUACACUUUCAGGUCUCUGCUGCGUCGGGGCAGAAUCGAACGUCUGCGGAGAAGCCUAGACAUGGAGAAAAAGCUUAUGGAAACCCGACUUCUGAUACCGAUCUGUUCUCAAAAUGAUGCCAAAGACCUUCUGGAUGAUCAGAGAUUCACGAGCCUUGAGAAUUAUAUCAAAAUUGUGAUCAUACAGAUAUCCAAAGGAAAUUACAAGCUAGAGGCACUCAUCUCUGCGGAGCACAAAAUCACACGCGACAUCAUCAUGCAAGAAUCAGCGAAUACGCGCCAAACAGUCAAAAACGUCCUCGUAACAGAAUCGCAGCGGAGAGAUUUCCUCGAAAGUCUUAGGUUUCCUGAAAUGAAGAAAAGAUACAAUGAUCUCAAAGGCUCUGGGGAGGUGAGCUUCGGUCGCGUCUUUGCCUCAUAUGAAAGCAUGAGCAGCACGGAAGUGGCAGCCAGACUCAACGAAGCCACGGUAGAAUCUCCCGAGGCAGAGAAUUCCACUGAUAUGUCUGCGACAGUCAUGGAAGAUGAUCGAGAUAUUGAUUCAACGUGGAGCGUCUUCAAAUAA